AUGAGUGAGCUGAUAUGGAACUUUUGCACCUUGAAGACAAGCCUCUAUUUUUCUAUAUUUUUAAUUCCAAUUUCAUUCUGCAAUCCGUCUCUUUUGUUUCACACAUCUCUUCAUUUCUUUUUUUUUCUCUCGGCUCUCUCCUUCCUCUUUUUCAUCUCGCUCUCUUUCUCUCUUUUUUCUCUUUCAUUUCUUUCUUUUCCCUUUAAAGCUUCUCUUUUCUCUCUUUUCUCUUUCAUUUCUCUUUUUCCCUCUCUCUCUUUCUCUCUCAUUUUCUUUUCUCUCAUGAAACAUUUUUCCUCUAGGCUCUCUUUCUCUCUUUUCUCUCUCAUUUCUCUUUUCCCUCUCGCUCUCUUUCUCUCUUUUCUCUCUCAUUUCUCUUUUCCCUCUAGGCUCUCUUUCGCUCUUUUCCCUUUCAUUUCUCUUUUCCCUCUCGGCUCUCUUUCUCUCUUUUCUCUUUCAUUUCUCUUUUCCCUCUCGGCUCUCUUUCGCUCUUUUCUCUCUUUCAUUUCUCUUUUCCCUCUCGGCUCUCUUUCUCUCUUUUCUCUUUCAUUUCUCUUUUCCCUCUCGGCUCUCUUUCUCUCGUUUCUCUUUCAUCUUUCUCUCUUUUCCCUGAAUAAAAUCUCUUUCUCUCUUUUCUCUCUCAUUUUCUUUUUCCCCUCUUUUGCUCUCUUUUUCUUUUUCUCUCUUUUUCUCUUUUCCCUCUCCCUCUCUCUCUUUCGCUCUUUUUCCUCAUUUCUCUUUUUUCUCCUUUUCCCUCUUUCAUUAUCUUUCUCUCUUCUCUUUCAUUCUUUUCUCUUUUCCCUUUCUCUUUCUCUUUGGAAAAUUUUCUCUUUCAUUUCUCUUUUCCCUCUUCUUCUCUCUUUGUCUCUUUUUCUCUCUUAUUUCUCUUUUCUCUCUUUUCUCUCUCUUUUCUCUUUUCUCUCUCAUUUCUCUUUCUCUUUUUCCCUCUCUCCUCUCUCUUUUCUCUCUUUUCUCUCUCUCUUUUUCUCUUUCAUUUCUCUUUUUCUCAUUUCUCUCUCUUUUUCUUUAUUUCUCUCUUUUCUCUUUUCUCAUUUUCUCUUUUUCUUUCUUUUUCUCUUUUUUCUCUCUUUUCUCGUUUUUUCUCUCCUCUCAUUUCUCUUUCUCUCUCAUUUUCUUUUUCUCUCUUUUUCUCUUUUCCCUUUUCCCUCUCUUUCUUUUCUCUUUUCUUUUUCUCUCAUUUUCUUUUCCCUCUCUCUUCUCUUUCUCUCAUUUCUCUCUCAUUUCUCUUUUCUUUCUCUCUCUCUUUCUCUCUUUUCUCUCUCAUUUUCUCUUUUUUCCCUCUUAGGCUCUUUCUCUUUCUUUCUCUUUCUCUUUUCUUUUUCUCUUUUUCGUUUCUCUUUCAUUUCUCUUUUCCCUCUCAGCUCUCUUUCUCUUUUCUCUCUUCUUUCAUUUCUCUCUCUCUCCCUUCUUUCUUCUCAUUUCUCUCAUUUCUCUUUUUCCCUCAGCUUUCUCUUUUCUCUUUUCUCUUUCAUUUCUUUUUUCCCUCUCAUUUCUUUUUCUCUUUCUCUCUUUUCUCUUUCAUUUUCUCUUUUCCUCUCAGUUUUUCUCUUUCUUAGGUUCCCUUUUCUCUUUUCAUUUCUCUUUUCCUCUCGGUGUUUCUCUCUUUCUCCUCAUUCUCUUUUUCUCUUUCAUUUCUCGGAUUUCUCCCUCUCAGUUUCUUUUCUCUUUUUCUCUAUUUCUUUUUUCUUGCCAUCUUUCUCUUUUUCUCAAAAUUUUCGGCUCUCUCUUUCUCUUUCAUUCUUUCUUCUUUUCUUUUUCAUUUUCUUUUCCCUCUUUUCUCUUUUCUUUCAUUCUCUUUUUUCUUCUUUUCUCUUUUCAUUUUCUCUUUUUUUUCUCUUUUUCUCUUUUCUCUCUUUUUCUCAGCUCUCUUUUUUCUUUCAUUUCUCUUUUCCCCUCUCAUCUUUCUUUCAUCUUCUCAUUUUCUCUUUCAUUUUCCUUUUCUUUCUCUUUUUUUCUUUUCCCGCUAUCGCUCUCUCUUUUCUCCCUCAUCUCAUUUUCUUUUCUUCUCUUUCUCUCUUUUCUCUCUCCUUUCUCUUUUUUCUCUUUUUUCAUUUUUCUCUUUCUUUUCUCUUUAAAUUCUCUUUUUUUCUUUUUUCUCUUUCAUUUCUCUUUCUUUUCCCUCUAAACUCAUUUCUCUCUUUCUCUUUUCAUUUUUUCUCUUUUUUUUUACGUGAUCUUUUUCUCCCUUCUCUUUCUCUUUUUCCGUAUUUUCUCUUUUUCUCUCUUUUCUUUCCCCCUUUCUUUCUUUUUCUUUUUUCUUUUUCUCUUUUCUUUCAUUUCUUUUUUCCUCUCGGCUCUCUUUUUCGUUUUUCUCUUCAUUUCUCUUUUCCCUCUCAUUUCUUUCUCUUUUUCUUCUCAUUUCUCUUUUUUCUUUCCUCUCUCUUUUCUUUCUCUUUUCUCUUUUCUCUUUCAUUUUCAUUUCUCUUUUUUUCAUCUCAGCUCUCUUUCUCUCUUUUUCUCUUUCAUUUCUCUUUUCCCUCUUUCUCUCUUUUUCAUUUCUUUUUCUCCUAUCUCUUUUCUCUCUCUUUUUCUCCUUUUCCCUCUUUCUUUUCUCUUUUUCUUUUCUCUUUCAUUUCUCUUUCCCUUUCUCUUUCUCAUUUCCUUUUUCUCUUUUCUUUUCUCCCUCAUUUCUUUCUCUUUCAUUUCUCUUUUUAUCUCUCCUUUCUCUUUUCUUUUCUCUCAUUUCUUUUUCUUUCAUUUUCAUUUCUCUUUCAUUUCAUUUCUCUUUCUCUUUUUUUCAUUUCAUUUCUCUUUUCUCUUUUUCAUUUCUCUUUUCCUCUCUUUCUCUCUUUUUCUCUUUCAUUUCUCUUUUCCUCUCUCUCUCUUUCAUUUCUCUUUUUCUCUUUUUUUCAUUUCUCUUUUUCCCCUCUCUUUCUCUCUUUCUCUCUUUUCUCUUUUUCUCUCUUUUUUCUCAUUUUCCUCUCGGCUCUCUUUCUCUUUUCUCUCUCAUUUCUUUCAUCUCUUUUCUCUUUGUUCCUCUUUCUCUUAAUCUCUCUCUUGCUCUUUUCUUCUCUUUCUCUUUUUUUUUUCUCUUUUCAUUUCUCUUUUCUCUCGCUCUCUUUUCUCUCAUUUUCUUUUUUUCUCUCUUCUUCUCAAAUUUCUUAUUUUUUUCUCCUCAUUUCUCUUUCAUUUGAUCUCUUUUCGCUCUCUUUUUUUUCUCCUUUCUUUUCUCCUCAUUUUUUUUUCUCUCUCUUUCGCUCUUUUCUUUCUCUUUUCCCUCUCUCUCAUUUCCUCUUUUCCUCUCUUUUCUCUUUUUCUCUCUCUUUCUCUCUUUUUCUCUUUUCCUUUUCUCUCCUCUCUCUCUCUUUCUCUUUUUCUCUUUCAUUUCUCUUUUCCUCUCGGCUCUCUUUCUCUCUUUCUCUCAUUUUCUUUCUUUUCCCUCUUUUUCUCUCUCUUCUCCUCUUUCUUUCCUUUUCUUCUCCUCUUGGCUCUUUUUCUCUUUUCUCCUCUUUUCUUUUCCCUCUCAUCUCUUUCUCUUUUCUCCCUCAUUUUCUCUCUCUAGCUCUCUUUCCGCUCUUUUCCCUUUCUCUUUUUCUCUCAUCUUUUCAUUUUCUCUUUUCCCUCUCGCUCUCUUUUCUCUCUUUUCUCUUUAAUUUCUCUUUUCCCUUUUCUUCUCUUUCUCUUUUCUUUCUAUUUCUCUUUCAUUUCUCUUUUCCCUCUCGGCUCUCUUUCGCUCUUUUCUCUUUCAUUUCUCUUUUCCCUCUCGGCUCUCUUUCUCUCUUUUCUCUUUCAUUUCUCUUUUCCCUCUCGGCUCUCUUUCUCUUUUCUCUUUUCUCUUUUCCCUCAGCUCUCUUACUCUUUUCUCUUUCAUUUCUCUUUUCCCUCUUUCUCUAUUCUCUUUUCUCUUUCAUUUCUCUUUUCCCCUCAGCUCUCUUUCUCUUUUCUCUUUCUCUUCUCUCUCUCUCUUUUUCUUUUCUCUCUCUUUUUUUCUCUCUUUUCUCUCUUUUCUUUUUUCCUCUCUUUCUCUCUCUCUCAUUUUCUCUCUCAUUUCUCUCUUUUUUCUCUCUCUCUUUUUUCUCUUUUUCUCUCUUUCUCUCUUUUCUUCAUUUCUCUUUUUCUCUCUCUUUUCUCAUUUUUUCAUUUCUCUUUUCCCUCUCUCUCUUUUCUCUUUUUCUUUCAUUUCUCUCGCUCUCUUUCGCUCUUUCUCUUUUUCUCUUUUUUCUCGCUCUCUUUCUCUUUUCUCUCUCAUUUCUCUUUUCUCUCUCUCUUUCUUUUUCUCUUUCAUUUCUCUUUUCCCUCUCUCUCUUUCUCUCUCUUUUCUCUCUUUCAUCUCUCUUUUCCCUCUCGCUCUCUUUCUCUCUUUUCUCUCUAUUUUUCUUUUCCCUCUCUCUCUUUUCUCUUUCUCUCCUCUUUUCCCUCUCGCUCUCUUUCUCUUUUUCUCUUUCAUUUCUCUUUUUCUCUCUCUUUCCUCUUUUUCUCUCUCAUUUCUCUUUUCCCUCUUUCUCUCUUUCUCUCUUUUCUCUUUCAUUUCUCUUUUCUCAGCUCUCUUUCUCUUUUUCUCUUUUCUCUUUUCCCUCUUCUUUUCUCUCUUUUUCUCUUUUCUCUCUCUUUUUUCUCAUUUUUUCCUCUCUCUUUCGCUCUUUUCUCUUUCAUUUCUCUUUUCCCUCUCGGCUCUCUUUCUCUCUUUUCUCUCUCAUUUCUCUUUUCCCUCUCGGCUCUCUUUCUCUCUUUUCUCUCUCAUUUCUCUUUUUCCCUUCUCUUUUUCUUUUCAUUCAUUUCUCUUUUUCUCUCUUUUCUCUUUUCUCUCAUUUCUCUUUUUCCCUCUCUCUUUUUCAUUUCUUUCAGUUUUUCUCUCCAUUCUCUUUUCCCUCUUUCUUUCUCUUUUUUCUCUUUCAUUUCUCUUUUUUCCCUCUCAUUUCUCUUUUCCCUUUCUCUCUUUUCUCUUUCUCUAUCAUUUCUCUUUUCCCUCUCGGCUCUCUUUCUCUCUUUUCUCUCAUUUCUCUUUUUUCUCUUUUCCUCCUCUCUUUCUCUUUUUCUCUCUUUUCAUUUCUCUCAUUUCUCUUUUUCCCUCUCGCUUUUUUUCUCUUUCAUUUCUCUUUUUCUCUCUUUUCUCUCUCAUUUUCAUUUUUUCUCUGGGCUCUCUUUCUCCAUUUCUCUUCUUCCUCUAGGCUCUCUCCUUUCUCUCUUUCUCAUUUUCUUUUCCCUCUCGGCUCUCUUUCUCUUUUUCUCUCUCAUUGCCUCUUUUCUCUCUUUCUUUUUUCUCUUUCCUUUUCUCCCAUUUUCUCCCCUCAAAUCCUUUCUCUCUUUUCUCUCUCAUUUCUCUUUUCCUCUUUCGCUCUUUUCUCCCUCAUUUCUCUUUUCCCUCUAGGCUCUCUUUCUCUCUUUUCUCUUUCAUUUCUCUUUUCCUCUCUCUCUCUUUCCUUUCUCUCUUUCUCUCUCCCUCAUUUUCUUUUCUCUCCUCUCUCUUUCUCUCUUUCUCUCUUUCGCUCUUUUCUCCUUUCAUUUCUCUUUUUCCCUCUCGCUCUCUUUUUCUUUUCUCCUCAUUUCUCUUCUCCCUCUCUUUCUCCUUCUCUCUCUCUUUUUUUCUCUCUUUCGCUCAUUUCUCUUUUUUCUUUUCCCUCUCAGCUCUCUUUCUCUCUUUUUCUCUUUCAUUUCUCUCUUUCUCUUUUCUCUCUCUUUUCCCUCUCAGCUCUCUUUUCUCAUUUCUCUCUUUCUCUUUCCCCUCUUUCUCUCUCUUUUUUCUUUUCUCUCUCUUUCCCUCUCGCUCUUUUCUCUCUUUUCUCUUUCAUUUCUCUAGGCUCUCUUUUUCUCUUUUCUCUUUCUCUUUUUUCAUUUCUCUCUUUCAUUUCUCUUUUUUCUCGGCUCUUUUUUCUCUCUCUCUUUCAUUCUUUUCUCUCUCUUUCAUUUCUCUCUCUCUUUCCUUUUCUCUCUUUCUCUUUUUUCUCUCUCUUUUUCUUUCUCUCUUUUCUCUCUCAUUUCUCUUUUCCCUCUCUUUUUCUUUUCUCUUUCAUUUCUCUCUUUUUCCUCUCUCUCUUUUUCUUUUCUGUUUCAUUUCUCUUUUCCCUCUUCUCUUUCUCUCUUUUCUUUCUCAUUUCUCUUUUUCCUCUUUUUUUUCUCUUUUUUCAUUUCUCUUUUUCCCUCUCAGCUCUCUUUCUCUUUUCUCUUUCUCUCUUUUCUCUUUUCUCUUUUGUUUCUCUUUUUCUCGGCUCUCUUUCUUCUUUUCUCUCUUCAUUUCUCUUUCUCUCUUUUUCUCUUUCAGGCUCUCUUUCGCUUUUCUCUUUCAUUUCUUUUUUUCCUCUCUCUCUUUCGGCUCUUUUCUCUUUCAUUUCUCUUUUCCUCUCUCUCUUUUCUCUUUUCUCUCUCAUUUCUUUUUUCUUUCUCUCUUUUUCUCUUUCUCUCUUUUCUUUUCUCCUCAUUUCUCUUUUCUCUUUUCCCUCUCGGCUCUCUUUCUCUCUUUUCUCUUUCAUUUCUCUUUUCCCUCUCGGCUCUCUUUCUCUCUUUUCUCUUUCAUUUCUCUUUUCCUCUAGGCUCUCUUUCUCUUUUCUCUCUCAUUUCUUUCUCUUCUUUUCUCUUUUCUCUCUUUUUCUCUUUCCUUUCUCUCUUUUCCCUUGUCUCUCUUUCUCUUUUCUCCCUCAUUUCUCUUCUCCCUCUAGGCUCUCUUUCGCUCUUUCUCCCUUUCAUUUCUCUUUUCCUCUCAGCUCUCAUUUCUCAUUUUCUUUUUUUCAUUUUCUUUUCCCUUUCUUUCUCUUCUCUCAGCUUUUCUCUUUUUCUCUCAUUUCUCUUUUCCCUCUCGCUCUCUUUCGCUUUUUUCUCUUCUCUUUUCCCUCUCAGGUCUCUUUCUCUCUUUUCUCUUUCAUUUCUCUUUUUUCUCGCUCUCUUUCUCUUUUCUCUUUCUUUCUCUUUUCUAGGCUCUUCUCUCUUUUUCUCUGCUCUCUUUCGCUCUUUUUCUUUCAUUUCUCUUUUCUCUCAUUUCUCUCUUUUCUCUUUCAUUUCUCUUUUCCUCUUCUCUUUUCUCUUUUUUCUUUCCUUUCCCUCUCGGCUCUCUUUUCUUUCUCUCAUUUCUCUUUUCCCUCUCGGCUCUCUUUCGCUCUUUUCUCUCUCAUUUCUCUUUUCCCUCUAGGCUCUCUUUCUCUUUUCUCUUUCAUUUCUCUUUUCCCUCUCGGCUCUCUUUCGCUCUUUUCUCUUUCAUUUCUCUUUUCCCUCUCGGCUCUCUUUCUCUCUUUUCUCAUUUCUCUUUCUCCCUUUCUCUUUUCGGCUCUUUUCUUUUUUCAUUUUCUUCUCUCUUCUCUCUUUCUCUCUUUUCUGCUCUCUUUCGCUCUUUUCCCUUUCAUUUCUCUUUUCCCUCUCGGCUCUCUUUCGCUCUUUUCUCCCUCAUUUCUCUUUUCCCUCUCGGCUCUCUUUCUCUCUUUUCUCUUUCAUUUCUCUUCUCCCUCUACUCUUUUCUCUCUGUUCUCUUUUUCCCUCUCCUCUCUUUCUCUUUUCUCCCUCAUUUCUCUUUCCUCUUCCUUUCUUUCUCUUUUCAGCUCUUUUCUUUUCUCCUCAUUUCUCUUUCUCUUUCUCUUUCGCUCUUUUCCCUUUCAUUUCCCUUUUCCCUCUCUCUCUCUCUCAUUUCUCUUUUCCUUUCAGCUCUCUCACCCUCAUUUCUCUUUUCUAAGCUCUCUUUCUCUCUUUUUCUUUUUCUCUUUCCCUCUAACUCUCUUUCUCUCUUUUCUCUCUUCUUUUCUCUUUUUUCUCCCUCAGGCUCUCUUUCUCUCUUUUCUAUCUCAUUUCUCUUUUUCUGUCUCUCUUUCUCUUUUUUUCUCCCCUUUUCUCUUUCUCAUUUCUCUCUCCCUCAGCUCUCUUUCUCUUUUCUAUCUCAUUUCUUCUCUUUUUUCCCUCUGCCCCUUUCUCUCCCCUCAUUUUUCUCUCUCUCCCUCUAGGCUCUCUUUCUCUCAUCUCACAGCUCUCUUUCUCUUUCCCUUUCACACUCUCUCUCUCGUUUCUCUCUCUUUUCCCUCUCUCUCUUUUCUCUUCUCUUUUCUCUCUCUUUUCUUUCUCUUCUUUUCUCUCUCAGCUCUCUUUUUUUUUUUCUCUCUCCCUUUUUUUAUCUCUUUUCUCUCUCGCUCUUCUCUCUCAGCUUUCUUCUCUCUCUCUCUCUUUUUCUCUCUUCUCUCUCUCUCUCUCUCUCAACUCUCUUUUCUUUUCUUUUUCUCUCUCUCUCUUUCUCUCUCUCUCUUUUCUCUCUCUCUUUCUCUCUUUCUCCCUUGUUUGUCCCUUCUCUUUCUCUUUUCUCUCUCCUUUUGUUGUCCUUCUCUUUCUCUUUUUCUCCUCUUCUCUCUUUUUUGUUUCUCAGGCUCUCUCUCCCCUCUCUCUCUCUCUCUCUCUCUCUCUUAUUUUCCUUCUCUCCUCUCUCUUGCUCCUUUUCUCUCUCCAACUCUCUCUCUCUGUCUCUUCACUCUCUUCCUCUCUCUCUCUCUCUCUUCUGUCUUUCUCUCUUUUCUCUCUCAACUGUCUCUCUUUCCCCACCACAUCGUUGCUUUAACUGGAUCGAACCGUAUCAAAUCGAAUACUGACACACACUCUCCCCCUCUCUCUCUCUCUCUCUUCUGUCUCUCUCUCUCUCUGGCUCUCUCUCUCUCUCUUCUUGUCUUUCUCACUUUAAAUCUCACUCACUCUCUCUCUCUUUCUCUAUCUAUCUAUCUAUCUAUCUAUCUCUCUUCAUUCAUCUGCCAAGAUUUUCAUCUUUGGUGA